UGCCAUUCUGCCAAUUGCCGUUCUGCCGUUCUGCCAUCUGCCAAGAGGCCAAUUCCUUUCUGCCCACGACACUAAAGGGGGGCCGUGCGGCGUGCUACCAGUCACGCGUCUAACUUAGCGCACUCUGGUUUCGUGCUAAUCCACCUUGCAAGACACUGAGAGAUAAGAUGUCGUAUUACAACAGUCCUCCUCCUCCUCCUCCAUACCAGCAACAUGCUUCAACUACGCCACAAGCAUUCCGUCCUGGCCAUUCUCACUCCACUGCACAAGGACAUACACAUAAUGGUAAUUCUGAGCAGAACUAUGGUUGUCACGGGCAUCACGGACAUGGUUAUGGACGCCAGCCCUCGAUCGUGGUACCAAAGCGCCCCGUUCCCCGGAUCGUAAUUCAUUCCAGGUCCAAUGAAACCAAUUCUCUCCUUUCGAGAGGAGGACAUCGACAAAACCAUGACUCAGGAUCUUGCUUCUUCAUAACUAUCGGAGUGAUACUCAUUUUGGGGGUGUUUUAUAUCGUUCAAUUCCUCUCGUCUAUGCCCCCCGAUGAGAUUGCUUGGACCAAUCUUGAAUCUCAUUCCUGCACGAGUUAUGCAACAAGGGAGUACGUGGCAGAAAUCAACGUCUCACCUUGGAACCGCCAGUGGGCGAAAAUAUCGUUCAGGUAUGGUAAUCGGUCAUUUCGCCAUCAGACAUAACGAACUAGACUGUGUCACAUACUGGAGUGGAUAUAGGGAUUGGGGAUGUACCGCUAAAGGCUCGCACAAGAGAGUGAGAGGCAUAUGCAUUGUUCUCUGGGACUUUAUUUGAUCUGAAUUGUA